UGCUCGUCACACUAAAGGAGAAGAUGAUGUCCAGUGUACCGUCGGGAGAAAUCCGAAGAAAAACUGCAAACGGAGUCUAAAGAAACAGCCGAUCCUCAUCCGUUUUCUGGAUCUCAAACUUCACAAAGAAACUAUUUUACAGUCCUCCUGGUGCAACUGUGUGUGUGAGAGAGAUUGGGAACUGGUGUGUGUCAGGAGGCUAUGGUGAAGCGAUGUGCACAAGCUGGUGCGAGGAGAGAUGUACCAGCAUCCGUGGAAAACAACGGAGAGGUAAAGGAGUGGUUCUUCAUUCAUGGCUACGCGUCUCACUGUUGUUCUCAGCUCUGUGGGGCCAAGCGUCCCCCCAGUGCCCGGUCAGCUGCCACUGUGCCUGGGACACGGCCACGGUGCUGUGCUCAGACGCCGGGCUGCGGGAGAUCCCCGAGGGGAUCCCACCAGAAACUGUCUCCCUCCACCUGGAACACAACUACAUCCGGAAAAUCCCUGAGACUGCCUUCAGCGAUCUGGUCCACCUGCGGGACCUUUACCUGUCCCACAACCGCAUUGACUCGCUCGCCUCGGGGGCCCUGCGGCAUUUGGGUCCCGAGCUCCGCCUGCUGGACCUCUCACACAACCAGCUGAGGCAGGCCAGCAGAGAGGAGUUUGGCUCCACUCGUGCAAAGACGCGCCUCUACCACAACCCCUGGCACUGUGACUGCGCCCUUCAGGAGCUGAUGGAGACUCUGAACCUAGAGCCCGAGACGGUGAAUGGGAUUGUGUGUGAGAGCUCUGUGAGGGGGGUGGGUGAGGGAAGCAGGUGGGAGGACCCUGGGUCCCAGGGUGAGCAUGCCGGUCAACCGCUGGUCAAAUUGUUGGAUUCUGGAGUGAAUUUCUGCAGCUUGCAGAGGAAAACCACUGAUGUGGCUAUGCUGGUGACAAUGUUUGUAUGGUUCUUCAUGGUCAUUGUGUAUGUAGUGUACUAUGUGAGGCAGAACCAAGCUGAGGCCCGCAGGCAUUUGGAGUACCUGAAGAGUUUGCCCAGCCCACGCAAGACCCCUACAGAGAUAGAUACUCUGAGCACUGGUUUCUAAACCUCUGCUCGGCUGUAAUUUAAAUGGAAUAAUACUCAAAUGGCAUUUUUAUGGACUGAUAAACUUCAAAAUGCUGUGUGGAGUUACGCUGAUCCCAUGGAUAUGAACGUUUUACAGCUGUGUUUUGUGAUUGUAGCAUUUCUUUACAUGUAAGCAUCCCCACCAUGUUUCUCUU